AUGGUUGCCUCGCCCACAACAAAACAGGCCGCAGUGUCUAUUCAGCCAGCUGGCGCUGGACUUGGCGAAGAGAACAACCAUGUCAAUGAAACCACGUCCUUGUUAGGCCCCAGGCCAGAUACGAAAGACGAUGACGAGAGCGAUGACGAAAAACCUCUCCCAAAGCUCCAGAUCCUGCUGCUUUGCUACGCCCGGGCAAUCGAGCCCCUGGCCUUUUUCUCCAUCUUCCCCUACGUAAGCCAGAUGGUCCAGGAUAAUGGCAAUGUCCCCGAUUCGGAUAUUGGGUUCUACAGCGGACUCAUUGAGUCGUUGUUUUCUCUCACGCAGGCUAUUGUGAUGAUUUUUUGGGGCCGCGCCGCCGAUCGCAUCGGGCGGAAGCCAGUGCUCGUCUACUCCCUUGUCGGGGUGACUUUGGCCACUGGCCUUUUCGGAAUGGCAAAGACCAUCCCGCAGAUGAUCAUGUUCAGAUGCGUUGCCGGUGUUUUUGCUGGGACUAUCGUUACCAUUCGCACGAUGGUAGCUGAACACAGUACGCCCAAGACCCAAGCACGGGCGUUUAGCUGGUUUGCUUUUAGCGGCAAUUUGGGUAUCUUCCUGGGACCUCUGAUGGGUGGUGCCCUUGCCAAUCCGGCAGGUCAGUACCCCGGUGUGUUUGGGGGUAUUUAUUUCUUCGAGAAGUAUCCCUAUGCGCUCUCGAGCCUGGUAGUGGCGGUAGUCGGAGCCACCGCUGCCUUAUCGACUGCCCUUUUCGUCGAUGAAACACUGAAGAAACCAACUGCAGGCAGCGAUGGCGAAGGAGCCGAUGUAACAAAGCAAAAUGAUGAUCUCUCAACGUGGGACCUUUUGAAAUCACCAGGUGUGGGUAUGGUCAUCUACACAUAUGGUCACCUCAUGGUCCUCGCCUUUGCUUACACCGCAAUCAUCCCCGUCUUUUGGUUCACGCCGAUCCGCCUCGGCGGGUACGGCUUUACCCCUCUGCAAAUUUCAUUGAUGAUGGGUCUGAAUGGCGCCUCACAGGCGGUAUGGUUGCUUCUGAUCUUCCCUCCAUUGCAGCGGAGGAUCGGCUCAAACGGUGUGAUGCGCGUAUGCGCUUCUGCCUACCCGGCCUUUUUCCUCUUGUGUCCAAUUGGCAAUGUUCUCCUACGACAAGGGAGUGAGGCCUCCGUCAAGGUGUUCUGGGUAUUUGUUCCCGUGACGCUGGCAAUCGGCUGUGGAGUCAGCAUGAGUUUCACGGCAAUCCAGCUCGCUUUGAACGAUAUUUCCCCUUCACCAAGAGUCCUUGGUACUCUGAAUGCGCUGGCUCUGACAGGUAUAAGCGGCUUGAGAGCCUUUGACCCGGCACUCUUCACCAGUCUCUUUGCAAUCGGGGCGAGGACACAGUUGGCGGGAGGUUAUGCUAUUUGGAUCCUUUUGGUUCUACUCGCAUCUGGCUUGUCCAUUGCAGUCAAGUACCUACCAGAACCCAAGGGAGCUCGCAAACGUCACAGCCAGAGUUCCUAA